AUGCACCUAAGCUUACGUAUUACAAAAUUGGCCUAACAGCAAAUCAAGAAUUUGCUUUAUUUAACUUUAUUCCUUGCCAUAAAAUGAAGUUUCUCAUCCAAACAAUAAUUUACAGGGUUUUUAUUACACUUAUCUCCAAUUAUAUUUUAGGCAGUGCAUUGGGACGGAGGCCGGACGGGUCUUCCGCUGAAGCAGCAUUCUCGUAUUCUAAAAAGAGCUCGUCUGCAAUCAAUCAUCAUCAUCUAAAUCUAUUGUAACUUUAAGCGUUAUAGAAGACACAUAUGACGGAGGUUGAAAUCCCAGAAGUAGCUGUUAGUUUCCAAGACAAGUGCAACUAUCACUUAUGUGAGGGAAGUUCCAUUAUUAUGGGAGAAGAAGGUCAGGGAAGUUCCAUUAUUAUUGGAGGUGAAAAAGAAGAGCAUUCUCAUAGAAAAUGUUCUGUUGACAAUUGUGAGCUGGACCAUGACAUCAUAUUCUGUCUACUAAACUUUGAGACAGACAAGGAAAGAAUGAUUCAUGAUGCCAACAUCUCUGGCUCACAUGACAUUGUUAUCGGCAACCUUCAUUCUAAUCAGCGGUUUGUCGAUGAAAACAAGAGCGUCGACACUAAGAUAAAUGAUUCCGGUGACGUUCAAACCGUGAUACACGAUCACGGUUUAGCGGGUCAAACCGAGACACUGCAAAAGGGGGAAACAGAAACAAGUGAGGUGCAAAAGAGUAGCCUGGGAGCACUAUUUGGUAUGCAUAGUGCAGAAGAUGAACCAUUUCCAUCCGCAGAUAGUCCGCUCCAUGGACCACUCACGGUCUCAUCGAACCACGACUGCUCUUCUUUUCGCUCAAGCGCUGCAAGCGCCCAAUCCUUCGUCUUUCCUAUGCAAAUUAACGUCCGAUUUCUAUGAAAGCCCGGUGAAAAUGGCACAAAGUGAGAGUAGGUUGAGGUUCAUAAAGAAGAGCAGGCAAUGGAAGAAAUAUUGGUUUGGCUGCUGGAUAUUUUAAUUCUACAAAGGAAGUUUUACGUGAUGUUACAUGCUAUGUUGCACAGAUAUGGAUACGCCAAUACGUGGAUACGCGAAUACGGGUAUCGCGACACGGCAAUUUAAAAAAUUAUCGGAUACGGGUACGGGGGAAUAUUUAUAAAUAAUAAAAAUAUAGGGUAUAAUUUGCAAAUAUAUACGUAGUAUAUAAUUCAGGGGUUCAUAAAUAAAAUAAUAAUAGUACAAAAAAUUAACCAUUAUAAUAAAAUUUCAAAGAUUAGGCUAAAAAAACAAAAGUGCUGAUAUUUUGAUUUAAAUUCAAAUAACAUUUUUUUGUUCUCUAUUUGCAUUUACAUCUAAGCUUUGUUUCAAUUAAAGUUCAUCAAGCGAUGAAAUGACAAAUUAUAGUAUUCCAUUAUUUUCCAUACUCCCGAAACCAUCUUUAUCAAUGUUCCACAUCUAAAUUUUUGUCAUGGCAUGUAUCAAAUGAGGGGUUAUAGGGUGAGAUACAUGUAUCAGUUCACGGAUACGGGUAUCGGAAGUAUCGUUAUUUUUAAAAUUAAGCCCGAUACUUUUAUAAAAUUACGGAUACGGACCCAAUACGUACAUGACGUGUAUCGGUGAGUAUCGGAUACGGAUACGUAUCGGAUACGCGGAUACGGCAUCGGGGUGAAGUAUCGGUGCAACACAGGUUACAUGUACAAAAUUCAGAGGUUAAAUCAUUGUAAAAAUAGCAUAUCUAAAUGAAGAACGAGCUGAACAUCAUAUACCACAAGUUUUGCCGCAAUAAUCCAACACAAAUCGUUGGUUAUUAGAUGCCGCAUUGCAAAUGCACAAUUAAGCAGCACAAAAUCACAAACAUGUGAAUCACUAGAGCCCUUUUGCUAGCACGAAAAUCGGCUAUAUUGGCUGAUUCUGCUUAAAUAUAUGAAGUUCUGGCUGAAGUGGCUGCAUUGACUGAUUCUGCUGAUUUAAGAAAAAAAAAUUAUUUUUAAAAUAUAUUUUAUUAAUAAAAUGAGAAAAAAUUAUACUCUGUAGGUAAAAAUAGCUAAAAUUACCAUCUACAGUAACUUCAGCCAAUACAGACAGAAAAGUAACUAUAACCUUACUUUUUCUGCUUAUUACACAAUUCAGCGCAUGAAAGCAAAAGUUAUGUGUUUGAUGAAAAAGUUGGCUGAUAAGCCGAAAAACAGUGUUGUCAAACGGCCUCUUAACAUCCAACAACCCCAACCAUUAUAGUAAAAAAGUUGGCUGAUAAGUGGAUUAACUUAUGGGUUACAUAUAGUAAAAAAUCAUACUAAUUCUCACACACGGUGGCGUUAUCUCAAUUAUGAAGAACGAAUCUGUGCUUUUGUGUAACUUAAAAAUACAUGUGUAAAAUUUAAAAAUGCAUCUAUAUAUAUAAAUAAAUUCUACGGAUUAUAAUUUUAAGAUUGUGAUACAAAGUGUUAAGCAUGCGUGAAUGCACAUUUAGGAUGUUUUUACUUAGACUGUAAGUCUGUAAUUUACUGAUCUGGUCUGAUCUUGUCUAUUUAAGUCGGUCGGGUCUGGUCUGAUCUGUUUAAGUCUUGUUUGGUUUGGAACUGAAAACAAUCCAACUAAAAACUUAUUAUACACACGAUACACCCAAGAAUUAAACGUUGCGAUGCACAUUAAACUUUCAAAUGUUUACAGCUUUGUCACCACUUUUUUUCAAUGUUGAGUUGAUCUAACGCAUUCAUAUUUUGAACACUGCGUUUGUUCUAGAAAGACCCCUUUUCAUUUGAAGCAAAUAUGUAUGACAAUUAGACUUCAAAAUAUGGAUUGGAUUUAACAGUUAAAUCCAAUCCAUAAUUAACUGUCUAGCCAUUGCUAUUUACUACUACGUAAUGUUUAUCCUUU